CCGCGUGCGGGGCCGGCGCCGGGGGAGCGGCGGCAGCGACGGUGGCGGUGGUGGCUGCAGGCGCAGGCAGGCGGCAGGUGCUAGAAGCAGAGCUGGGCGAGGUGUGUGCCCGCUGGGCUCGGGGGCCGCCGCUUCCUCGCCGCCCUCCUCUCCCCCUCCCUUCGGGCUUCCCAGCGCGUCCAGUCCUCUGCCUUCGCGCCCCGGCCCAUGGCGCCCCGCGGCUGAGCCGGCGCCGCCAGGGACCCCUCCCGCGGGCCUCCCCGGGGCGCGCAGAUCCCGGAGCCGCCCACCCACCCUCCGCGGAGCCUCCCUCCCCUGCUCGCCCGAGCCGGGCGGGACCAUGGCUGCGAAGCUGCGAGCGCAUCAGGUGGACGUGGACCCGGACUUCGCGCCGCAGAGCCGGCCGCGCUCCUGUACCUGGCCCCUGCCGCAGCCCGACUUGGUCGGCGACGAGGACGGAGCGCUGGGUUCAGGGGUGGCUGAGGGCGCCGAGGACUGCGGGCCGGAGCGCCGGGCCACGGCCCCGCCGAUGGCCCCAGCGCCGCCGCUGGGAGCGGAGGUCGGACCGCUGCGGAAAGCGAAGAGCUCCCGGCGGAACGCGUGGGGGAACCUGUCCUACGCCGACCUCAUCACCAAAGCCAUCGAGAGCGCCCCGGACAAGCGACUCACGCUCUCGCAGAUCUACGACUGGAUGGUCCGCUACGUGCCCUACUUCAAGGAUAAAGGCGACAGCAACAGCUCGGCUGGCUGGAAGAACUCCAUCCGGCACAACCUGUCUCUGCACACCCGGUUCAUCCGCGUGCAGAACGAGGGCACAGGCAAGAGCUCGUGGUGGAUGCUGAACCCCGAGGGCGGCAAGACGGGCAAGACCCCGCGGCGCAGGGCGGUCUCCAUGGACAACGGGGCCAAGUUCCUGCGCAUCAAGGGCAAGGCGAGCAAGAAGAAGCAGCUGCAGGCACCCGAGCGGAGCCCCGACGCCAGCCCCCCGGGCGCGCCCGCCCCGGGGCCCAUGCCCGCCGCGGCCAAGUGGGCCACCAGCCCGGCCUCGCACGCCAGCGACGACUACGAGGCGUGGGCCGACUUCCGCGGCGGCGGCGGCGGUGGGCGACCCCUGCUCGCCGAGGCGGCCGAACUGGAGGACGACGAGGCCCUGGAGGCCCUGGCGCCGUCCUCGCCGCUCAUGUACCCGAGCCCGGCGAGCGCGCUGUCGCCCGCGCUGGGGGCCCGCUGCCCGGGGGAGCUGCCGCGCCUGGCCGAGCUGGGCGGCCCGCUGGGCCUGCCCGAGGCGCUGCUGGACGCCUCGCAGGACACGUACGGGCCGCGGGCCCGCGCCGCGACGCCGGCCUACUUUGGCGGCUGCAAGGGCGGCGCCUACGGCGGCGGCGCGGGCGGGGGCUUCGGGCCGCCGGCGCUGGGCGCCCUGCGCCGCCUGCCCAUGCAGACCAUCCAGGAGAACAAGCAGGCCAGCUUCGCGCCGGCCGCCGCGCCUUUCCGCCCGGGGGCGCUGCCCGCGCUGCUGCCGCCUCCGCCGCCACCGCCCGCGCCCAGGCCCGGACCCGGGCCCGCGCCGCUGCUGGGCGCCCCCGGGGAGCUGGCGCUGGCGGCCGCGGCCUACCCCGGCAAGGGGGCGGCCGCGUACGCGCCCGCGGCGCCCUCGCGCAGUGCCUUAGCCCACCCCAUCAGCCUUCUGACGCUGCCCGGAGAGGCGGGCGCGCCGGGCCUGGCGCCGCCGGGCCACGCGGCGGUCUUCGGGGGCCCCCCCGGCGGCCUCCUGCUGGACGCGCUGCCCGGGCCGUACGCGGCCGCCGCCGCCGGGCCGCUGGGCGCCGCGCCCGACCGCUUCCCGGCCGACCUGGACCUCGACAUGUUCAGCGGGAGCCUCGAGUGCGACGUCGAGUCCAUCAUCCUCAACGACUUUAUGGACAGCGACGAAAUGGACUUCAACUUCGACUCGGCCCUGCCGCCGCCGCCGCCCGGCCUGGCCGGGGCCCCGCCCCCCAACCAGAGCUGGGUGCCGGGCUGAGGGCGCGCCCCUGGUGCCCUGUCCCGUCCCCCAGGGGCUGCUGUCUUCCCAUCCUGACCCCGGGCCCCCGCUCCCACUCCCGCGCCGUGGGGGCACCCAGGAGCAGCCCCAGCCCAGCUAAGACAGCCAGCCCUCCGAGGAAGCUGGGCGCUGGAGAAGUGGAGGAGAGGGGGCUGGGGCGCCCCACCGGUCCUGCCCAGACACCCCCCCCCCCCGCCCCGCCCCGCCCCGCGACCCGCUCCCCCUCCUCCCAAGGGCAGGAGGCUGGGAGUAGAGGCUGGAUCCCGGGCGGGGAGGGGGGGGAGGAGUGAGGUGGGCCACGCUGGUCUGGUCGGGGAAGCCACCGGGGCAGGGGGCGGCUCAGAAUCUUCAGUUUCGUUUGCCAGGCCCUCGUGUGGCGAAGCGCCCACCCCAGACUCGGAUCUGAGUCCCAGCUGACACUUCACCCGCCCCAAGCCAGGAACCCUCUCCGGAAAACACCCACACCCACCCAUAGGCCCUUCGCCCUGAACUGUCCCGCUUCAGCCCCGACCUCCGCCCCCACGGUUCAGGCCCUCCUACCCCCUCCUUGCUGGCCGGAGUUUCUCCCCUCCCGCGUGGAAGCCCAUCUCCCUUCCCGCCCCUCCCCAUGUCCCAGUACUGGUCGCAGCCUCUCCAGGGGGCCCCAGCUCUCUGGAUCCACCCCUCAACCCGACACCCUUUCUCUGUGCCAGUCCUGGCUCCUCUCUCCCAUAUUUAUAAGUGUCCGGUCGGGGCGGGCUGUGGGCGCGGCGCCCCGGCGCAUUUCGUAGGCAGUGUACCGUGGCCGUGCCGUCAGCGUGUGCGUGUGCGUGUGUGCCGUGUCGAGGCCGUGUAGAGUGCAUUGUACAGCAUAUUUUCAUGAAUAAAAUUGUUUUAAAUAUUU